AUGUCUAUUACACAGUCUGUAAACACCAUUUCUGGAGUACCUUUAGUGCUUUCCCCACAUUGUGGUGAUCUGCUCAAGUGUUCUUGCAAUUACUGCCUUCAAUUUGAAUCUCUGGACGUCAACAUUGACUCUAGUUUCUCUCAAGGCCAGCCCAUGGAAGAACUACUUGCUGCUGGAUCAGAGCUAUUGCACUCCUGUUUAACACCUACCUAUGCAUUCAAUGUCAAAGCGCCUAAUAUGGGUGGCUAUCACUGUGACACGUUUCUGUCCGAAAAUGCAAAUGUUCCUAUUCAAGACCAACAUUUGGCUUUGGCUCAAAACAAUAUUACACCUCCUUGUUGCUCUUUGAGUAUCCUCCAAGACGACUUCAUGCCGACCCAAACCGACGUAAACAAAGCUUCGAGCGUACCAGACGAAAACAAUCUUUUAUUCCAAACCUUUUUGAAACAAUUUCUUGAAGAGGACCCUUGUCUUUUUAAUCUGGUCGACAACCCUGCUAGUCAAGGAUCCUGGCCAAUUGAGAACAUAUCUCAAGAGGUGUAUCCAGGAACAUACCAGCCGCAGCCGUUUUUUGUAACGCAACAGCAACAGUACACUGACUCGCCUGAGCCUUUCACUCCCGGUCUUUCCACAUGCCUGUCCCAGUACGAUUCUCCAAUGCUUACCGACCGUUCUACGAUUAUGUCUAUGAAUGGAUCCCCAAAUACUAUGUUUAUGCCUUUUUAUGAACUGAAAUCAAACUUUGAUUAUGCCUCUAAUACUGGAGAAGAAAACACCGACUGGUUGCACCGACUCCUCCGAGAUCCAGUCACUAAUACAUCUUCCGGAACCAAAAAUCAAAGAAACAAGAGAGGACGUAAAGGAGUCAAAUCAUCCGAUAAAAUUAAGAAGCAUAUUUGUUGCUUCUGUUCUUAUAGCACAGAUCGUGUGAGCAAUUUUAUCCGGCACGUAGAAUCACAUACACGGUGUGUUAACGAAUGGGAGUGCAAACCAUGUGCAAUAUCGUUUUCCAGCAAAUCCAAUCUAGCAAGACACAAUAGACGAACUCGCCAUUAA